UUGAGCCAUGACAAUUGUUGAUAAUCAACUGGAGUUAUUUUUUUCCUUUAGAGUAAAAAAAUUUCAAGCCAGGCCCUUUCCCCCAGGGGGGCUCUUGGACCAUACCACAACGAACAUAAGAUACCGAUUUGCAUGAAGGGCUAAUGGAAAACCCAAGGGAUAUGGCUGAGCACACACACCGCUCAGAGCGGAAGAGAAGAGAUUCGUUCGGGAUGUUUGACGGGUAUGACAGCUGCAGUGAAGACAGCAGUAGCAGCUCCAGCUCAGAGGACAGUGAGGAUGAAGUUCCCAGCAUGCCCGCCAGCCUGCCAAUCAUCAAAAACAACGGCCAGGUGUACACCUAUCCUGAUGGAAAAGCAGGAAUGGCAACCUGUGAGAUGUGUGGUAUGGUUGGUGUACGAGAUGCUUUCUAUUCUAAAACAAAGAGAUUCUGCAGUGUAUCCUGCUCUAGAAGCUAUUCCUCCAAUUCUAAAAAGGCCAGUAUACUGGCAAGACUUCAGGGUAAACCACCUACGAAAAAAGCAAAAGUCUUACAGAAACAGCCAUUAAUGGCAAAGUUGGCAGCUUACGCACAGUAUCAAGCAAAUCAACAGAACCAAGCUAAAUCAAAAUCAAUGGUUCCUGUUGAAAGCUUUGACUGGGGCCAGUACAUUUGUAGCAAUAAUCUUGUUGGGGCACCAGUCAGCUGUUUCAAACAUGUGCCCAUGGGUAUGUGCUGGGGUGACAUAGCAGAGGGGAUGAGGGUGGAGGUCAUCAAUUCUGACACAAACCUCUCCACAAAAGUUUACUGGGUAGCAGGGAUUGUCAAACUGGCAGGUUUUAAAGCUCUUCUGCGCUAUGAGGGUUUUGAUAAUGACUCAAGCAAAGACUUCUGGUGUAAUCUGUGUAUCCCAGAGGUCCACCCUGUUGGAUGGUGUGCUUCUAGUGUAAAGCCACUGGUGCCUCCGAAAUCCAUCCACCAUAAGUAUUCUAACUGGAAAGCGUUUCUUGUGAAACGACUCACUGGAGCCAAAACACUUCCACCAGAUUUCGCCACAAAGGUUCACGAGAACAUGCAGUACCCGUUUAAGAAACUGAUGCGUGUGGAAGUUGUGGAUAAGGCUCACCUGUGUCGAACUCGCGUGGCCCUCGUGGAACAGGUGAUUGGUGGACGUUUGCGCCUGGUGUAUGAGGAGAGCCAGGACGGCACUGAUGACUUCUGGUGUCACAUGUACAGCCCACUCAUCCACUCCAUUGGCUGGUCACGUAGCAUUGGACACCGUUUCAAAAGAUCUGAGGUGACAAAGAAAAUGGAGGGUCAGAUGGAUGCUCUCUCACAGUUGUUUCUUAAGAUUAAGGAUGUGGAUCAGAGUGGGGAAUGGUUUAAAGAUGGAAUGAAGUUAGAGGCAAUAGACCCUCUAAAUCUCUCUGCUAUAUGUGUUGCUACUGUAAGAAAGGUGUUGGCAGACGGGUACCUAAUGAUCGGGAUUGAUGGUUCUGAGGCUGCUGAUGGGUCAGACUGGUUCUGCUACCAUUCAACCUCUCCCUCCAUCUUCCCAGUCGGCUUCUGUGAAAUCAACAACAUUGAGCUCACACCCCCAAGAGGGUACACCAAACUCCCUUUCAAAUGGUUUGACUACCUCAGAGAAAUGGGUUCAAUUGCAGCCCCUGUGAAGCUCUUUAACAAAGAAGUACCGAAUCACGGCUUCCGUAAAGGGAUGAAGCUGGAGGCAGUGGACCUGAUGGAACCACGUCUGGUGUGUGUCGCCACAGUAACCAGGAUCGUCCACAGACUCCUGCGCAUUCAUUUUGAUGGCUGGGAGGAUGAGUACGAUCAGUGGGUGGACUGUGAGUCUCCAGAUCUCUACCCUGUAGGCUGGUGCCAACUGACUGGCUAUCAGCUGCAGCCGCCUGCCACGCAGACCGCAAGAGAAGCACCGCCAAAUGUCUCGAAACAGAAAAAGAAGACUGCACAGUAUAAAGGACAAAAGAAAAAGAGGAAGAUUCCAGUUGGGAGGAGGCCGAUCGGUUUGGGUGGGCCUCUGAGGAGGAGGAGCUUCUCGGGCGAUGAAGAGCAGACUCCGCCCCAUUACCUGUCCCACUUCUCUGGGUCCGGGCGACCUCCCACCUCAGGUGUAGAGCAUGAUCGCUCUCUCAACUCAGGUAACUCAAUUCUCCAUCACUCAGGGAGAGGGCGCCACAGAGCUCAUUCCUGUAGAACUUUUCAGGUCGGCCGGCGUGAAGAGUUGGCAGUCAUCAGGUGUCUGAGUCAUUUGUGCCGCAUACACCAUUAACAACAGCUACAUGAUAAAGAAGGGUAGUUUUAUGUUUGACUCAGAAGAAUUGUCUUCGUGGUCAGUUUCAUCCCACACCUGACCUUUUCAUUCACUUUAGGGUGGUGUGAAUUCAUAGUUUUUGAAUGUAAAAGGAAUAGGUCACCAAAAAUACUGUCAAUUCUGUCACUUGCCCUCAUGUUCUUUAAA